GAUUCGCGGUUGAUUUCGUUGACGGUCGAGACAGGUGGUUGAAGAGGAAGGUUUGUUGUUUGGUUCAACCGGGACGCUGCUCUUUCAAUUGGCCGACCGACUCCGAGAACACCUACGGCCAUGUUGAUGGAUACGGUGUGGGUUCGAGACCCUGAUGAAGGAUUCGUUCUUGGUAAUAUCGUUGAAAUACUUGAAGAUGGAGCGGAAGUGAUUCCAUUAAGUUCUAAAAGCACAAGAAAAGUUUGUGGGUUUGGAGAUAUUUUUCAAACUGGACAACAUGAAAAGGAAUACGAUGAUAAUUGUGAAAUGAUGUAUUUAAAUGAAGCUACGUUGCUUAAUAAUGUUAAAAAACGAUAUUACAGCAACAGGAUUUAUUCUUAUGUAGCAAACAUUUUAAUUGCUGUUAAUCCUUAUAUUGAAAUCCCCGAAUUAUACUCUCCAAAAACAAUAAAACAAUACCAAGGAAAAUCUUUAGGGGAACAACCACCUCACGUUUUUGCAAUAGCCGAUAAAGCUUUUCGUGACAUGAAAGUGUUUAAAAUGUCUCAAUCGAUAAUAGUAUCCGGGGAAUCCGGAGCUGGAAAAACAGAAUCUACAAAGCAUUUAUUAAAAUAUCUUUGCGAAUCUUAUGGUGCAACCGCAGGACAAGUUGAACAAAAAAUCUUGGAUGCGAAUCCGAUUUUAGAAGCCUUCGGCAACGCGAAAACAACAAGAAACAACAACAGCUCUCGUUUCGGCAAAUUCAUCGAGGUCCAUUUUGAUAAAAAGUUUCAAGUCGUUGGAGGCCACAUCAGCCAUUAUUUAUUAGAAAAAUCACGGAUAUGUUCCGCUUCCGGCGAAGAAAGAAGCUAUCACGUUUUUUAUCUUUUAAUGGCGGGAGCACCACAAAAUUUAAGGGAAAAACUUAAUUUAACACAACCAGAAGAUUUCAAUUAUCUUAAACAUGGUUGCACUCGCUAUUUUACAUCUUCAAAAAGCGAAAAGAAUUUAUCUUCCCCCCAAAAAAGUUCGGCGCAUUCAAGUCAAGGUCCCCUUAAAGAUAACUUAUUAGACGACGUCGAAGACUUUAACAAUCUAGAUUUAGCGCUGGGUCGCAUUGGUCUAAACGAAGAGGAACGUACACAAGUUUAUGUCAUGGUCGCUGCUGUUCUUCAUUUAGGAAAUGUUGAGUUUGAAGAUGACCCAGAUGAUACUCGAGGGGGUUGCAGAGUUAAACAAUCGAAAGAAAAAUCGUUGAUAAUCGCCUCGAAAUUAUUAGGGAUCGAUCAUGUUGAAUUAAAACAAGCUUUAACAUCAAGAGUUAUGCAAAGUGCGAGAGGGGGACUUAAAGGAACUGUUAUUAUGGUACCUUUAAAAGUUUAUGAAGCAACAAAUGCAAGGGAUGCUUUAGCAAAAGCCGUUUAUAGUAAAUUAUUUGAUUACAUUGUGAUGAGAAUCAAUAAAAGUAUUCCUUUCCAAGCUUCUAGUUAUUAUAUUGGCGUUUUAGAUAUUGCAGGAUUUGAAUUCUUUACUGUAAAUAGUUUCGAACAAUUCUGCAUUAAUUAUUGUAACGAGAAACUGCAACAAUUUUUUAACGAAAUCAUCUUGAAAUACGAACAAGAAGUUUAUAAACGAGAAGGUUUGAAUGUUCCUGAAAUUAAAUACGCUGAUAAUCAAGAUUGUAUCGAUUUAAUCGAAAAUAAAUCAAACGGAAUCUUUACAAUACUUGAUGAAGAAUCAAAACUACCAAAGCCGCUUUACACGCAUUUUACGACCGAAUUGCACGCGAAAUGGCCAAAUCAUUUUAGAUUAGCUCUACCGAGAUCGUCGCGGUUAAAAGCACAUCGAAGUUUGCGUGAUGAUGAAGGUUUUUUAAUUCGGCACUUCGCAGGAGCUGUUUGUUAUCAAACGAAGCAGUUUAUCGAAAAAAAUAACGAUGCUUUACACGCCUCUUUGGAAGGGAUCAUUCAGGAUAGUUCAAAUAAAUUAAUCCAAUCUUUAUUUGCAAUGUCAAAUACGCAAAAGGGAAAAUUGAGUUUUAUUAGCGUUGGGAAUAAAUUUAAAACGCAAUUAGCCGAGUUAAUGGAAAAAUUGAGGCAAAAUGGAACGAAUUUUAUUAGGUGUGUUAAGCCGAAUACUAAAAUGAUCGAUAGGCAAUUUGAUGGCCCCCUAAGUUUGAUGCAAUUAAAAAGCUCUGGGAUGACGGUUGUUUUGGAACUGAUGGAGCAUGGUUAUCCGAGUAGGGCUCCUUUCAAUGAGCUCCAUACGAUGUAUCAAGAAUAUUUACCGAAAGAACUUAAAGGGUUAAAUCCGAGAGCUUUUUGCGAAGCGAUUAUUCACAGCCUUCGUUUAUACGAGAAAGAUUAUAAAUUUGGAAUCACCAAGGUGUUCUUUAGACCGGGAAAGUAUGCAGAGUUUGAUAAAAUUAUUAAAUCAGACCCUGAAAACUUACAAUGGAUGAUUGGAAACUUGAAACAAUUCUUGGUGAAAUCGCGCUGGUGGAAAGCGCAAUUCACAGUUUUAACAACAAUUAAAUUGAAGUAUAAAAUCCUUUAUCGAAGACAAGCCUUAAUAACAAUGCAAAAACACGUUCGAGGUUAUUUAGUGAAAAAGCGUUACGCGGCGAGAUUAAAAGUAUUCAGAAAAAUCAACGCGCUCAACCAAAAAAUGAUCGAAUUGGAAUCGAUCGCGUCCCAACUAAAAAAAGAAAAAGACGCAAGCAUAAAAGAAAUCAACAAUUUAAAACAAGACCUCCAAAACGCCUCGCAAACCAUCAAAAACAACGAUAAAAUCACCGUGAAAGACGUUGAAAACCUUUAUGUACAAGCAGUGAAUAAAGUUAACGCCCAAAUGGCGACUUUACACAAACGCGUUCAAGACCAAAAGAACGCCGAAGAGCAAGAACGCAUCCGUAAAUUACAAGAGGAAAUGGAACGUGAGCGAAAACGAAAAGAAGAGGAGGAACGAUUACGCAAAGAAGAGGAGGAAAAUCGGCGAAAAAAAGCCGAGAUGGAAACGCGCAGAAAAAAAGAAGAAGAAGAACGUCGCGUUCAAGAAGAAGCCGAAAGAAAAGCCGCGGAGGCUUUGAGAAUUCAACGAGAGAGAGAGGCCGAUGAAGAAAUGAAAUUGCAACAACAACUAGAACAAGAACGGCAAGAUCAUGAAUUAGCUUUGAGAUUGGCACAAGAAAGUAAUGGGCAACUCGAAGAGAGUCCCGUACCGAUUAGAAACGGAACCGUGGACACAACACGACAAUCCUACAAACUCAUCAGAUCGGAAGCCGUUCAAAACAAACAAGCGGAAUUAAGCAAGGGUAAAUACGAUUUAUCCAAGUGGAAAUAUUCCCAAUUAAGAGAUACGAUCAAUACAUCUUGUGAUAUUGAAUUAUUAGAGGCUUGUCGGCAUGAAUUUCAUCGUCGCUUAAAAGUCUAUCACGCAUGGAAAGCAAAGAAUCGUAAACGAACGACGAUGGAUGAAAACGAGAGGGCCCCACGUUCCGUGAUGGACGCAGCGGCUAAAACGCCAAAGAUCCAACAAAAACAAAACAUCCUAAAUAACGAUAACAGCCAAAGGUAUUUUCGUAUACCGUUUGUAAGACCUGCGACGAUUUCUUCGCCUCAAGAUCCGACUGGUAAACGAGGAUGGUGGUAUGCACACUUCGAUGGGCAAUACGUUGCGAGGCAAAUGGAAUUGCACGCGGAAAAGCAACCGGUUUUACUCGUUGCGGGAAAAGAUGAUAUGCAAAUGUGCGAGUUAUCCUUAGAUGAAACCGGGUUAACUCGCAAACGAGGAGCUGAAAUUCUUGAGAACGAAUUUAAUAGGGAAUGGGAGAAAAAUGGUGGAGCACCCUACUCCCGACCUGCGGAUAGAAAAACAAAUUAAAAGAAUUAUUUAAAAUAAAUAUUAGCCUAGGAGAUAAAUUUAUUUUUUUGGGGGGAAUUUAUUAAGUGUUAUCUUUUAAGCAAAUCUUAUUGCUUUUGCAGUAUUAAAAUAGGUAGUUACUAUGUUUAUUUUUUUUUGAAAAAUAAAAUAUUAAAAUUAAA